AUGGCCCGAGAGUUGCAGGCCGAGUUAGGCCCUAUGGCCGAGUGGGCACAAAGUGGGAGCAAGGCUUCGGUCGAUGCUUUGAUGAACAGCUGGUGCACCCGGCUGGAGAGCCUUGGCUCUUUGUCGUUAGGGCAAGCCAUGCAUAUGAAGCAGACGAUCCAGGAUCUGAGCUUCGAGAGCACCCUGUCAGAACGGUUGCUUGAAAAAGUUGAAGCCAAAGUUCUGGCAACGGCCACGGCUGCAACACCGCCGCCAGAUACUACAUAUACGCCGAACAAGCGAAAGGAGGAAAGCAAGCCGCAGACCUUGCUGAAGCCGGAGAACUUCAUCACGGUCACUGAGUGGUCUAUGCUGGAAAAGUCGCCAGCACCGGCAAGGCUGGAAAUCCUUCUGAAGAGGUAUCUGCAGCUGGGCCUGAGGAACCUCACAGAACAGACGGUCAAGAAAGGCCUGGCCUUCCUCUUGGCACUGGCAGCCGGCGAGCUCAGUCAGAUGCCGACAUAUGAAGAGAUCUACGAAGAGGUCCAAGUCUUCAAGAGAUCUUGGGAAUCCGUGAAAACGGAUGCAGAGCCGACUGAGGUCGGCCUGCUCACGUAUCCCGAUGACCCCAGCAGCUUGCCGAAGGCUCUGUUCGACCGAGCCUACAAGGCUGAGGACCCGCCCAUGGGCAAAGACGUGAGGGCUGGGAUCUGGCUAGCUCACAUUCCGAUGCGAUCUACUUCCAAGCUCUUGCAGAAGAACAAGAAGCAGAGGCUGCCGAGGCCAGAUGGCCAGGCCGCCGUGUCUGAGCAGCAUGCGAACGAGUUCCAGAGCCGCAUGGAGCAGUGCUUCGGGCGACUGGAAAGACUGCUGGACCAGGGCUGCGGUCAGAAUGCCAUCCAGGAUGGUGGGCGAAGGGAGCUGCAGCUUGCUGCAGGAGGCGAGCUGAGCAGCAGCAGUGCCGGGGUCGGCUUUGCUCUGGGCAACCCAGCCCAGGCGGUUUCGGCUGCGACGCAGCAGACCUCGCCAGGGCGACAGUCGGCCUUGCAGCUAGCCCUGCCUCCAGCCGAAGAACCCGAAGCAACGGAGUCGCUCCCUGCCGAGAACGAUCUCGAGGACGAAGAUUUGUUCCGAAAGCUCAAAGAUCGCAAAGCUGGGAUUCUGAAGAAGCCGGCUGCUGCAGCUGCAGCGAGCUCGCAUGGAAAGCGAAAGUUCCAAAUUGUCUGGGAGGACGGCUGCAUCCAGAAGAACUAUGCUUCUCGCAUGUACAAGCGAGCCGGAACGUGGGCAAAGCAGCAAGGCUUCUCGGAGCAGCAAGUGGUAGAGUGCCAGCGAGAGGCCCACAGAGAGGCCAUUCUGCUGUGGAAGAAGAAGAACGGCUGCUAA